AUGAAAUAUCAAGUUGAUAAUAAAAGUACGGAAUUAAGAACUGAACAUUGUUAAACUACUAAACAAGUUCUCAUAUCUCUUAAUGACUUACCUCUUAUUAGUCAAACAGAUAUUUCAUAUCCUAAAGUACCUCAAAGUAGAAAUAUACAAAAAUUACAAUGUAUUAAUUGUUCAAAAGUAUCUAACACUAAAUUAAAAUAUAAAAAUGGGAAAGGUACAUAUAUGCUUAUACUGUUGUUUAUUGUAUUUAUUAUUACAAUUCCUUUGGCCAUAAUAGUUUACUUUCUUAAAAUGUUCAAAGAUGUGCAACAUUAUUGUUCAGAGUGUGGGGCUCUAAUAGGAACAAAGCAUUUUUUGAUUGGAUGAAUUAUGUAUCAG